CAAAUGGGGGAUUCUGGCGGCCAGAUUUGCACUGGAGCACAAGUUGCCAUCCAUAACUGACCUCCUCGCCCACUGAGAGUAAACUGCCAAAAUGCCUGUGGAUCUGAACGGAUACUGGAAAAUGAUUUCCAAUGACAACUUUGAGGAGUACCUCAAGGCUCUCGAUGUUAACGUCGCCAUCCGAAAAAUUGCCACCUUGCUGAAGCCCGACAAGGACAUCGUCCAAGAUGGGGAUCACAUUAUCAUCAAAACUCUCAGUACCUUCAAAAACUACAACAUGGAUUUCUAUGUGGGUAAAGAGUUUGAAGAGGAUCUGUCUGGUGUGGAUGACAGGAAGUGUAUGACCACCAUCACCUGGGAAGGAGAUAAACUGGUAUGUGUGCAGAAAGGAGAGAUUGAAGGAAGAGGCUGGACUCACUGGGUGGACGGGGACGAGCUUCAUCUGGAGCUGAGAGCUGGAGGAGUCGUCUCCAAGCAGGUCUUCAAGAAGUCCUAAAAUGACAGCUAUCCAAUGAGCUGACAUCCCAUUCAGUCCAUUCAAACACUUACCGAUACCACCCAGCCUUAUAUAAUUCUCUACCGUAAUAUUACUCCAUCAAUCAUUGACGUCGUCUAUUCAUGAUUAUUUAAGCCAUCGCAAAGGAAAAAGAAAAAAAAGUGAGGUAGCAUGCAUAUUGUGUACUGCACUGAUGCAUUUAAAUACAGCCAAGAGUGUAGUGAAGGGGGUCUCUAGUGAGGAUGUCAGUAAUAAUGUGUGUAAAUAAAUUAUAUCCCUCCUGGAUCGUUUGUGACUGUGUUACUCAUAGUAUAAUGAAUCAAUCGACAAAAUAAAACAAUGUCCAUCCCUGUUUUGUC